UCUGGUUAUUGUAUAUAAUUUUUUGAACUUCGAUACUGGAAAGAGGUCAGUUUCAGAGUUUGACAUUUCUGCUUGCUACAGGAACAUGACAAGCCUUACAUUUCAACUGCGUUUACCAGGGCCUUUUAGAGAGCAAGAUACAGACCUGCUACUACUGCAAGCACAGAGAAUACUGCCAGCUAUUAUGAAUAUAACCAGCAUAAGACUUCAGAAUGUUAGGGUUACCUAUGAUCCUACAUCGGUCUAUCUUACCUGUACAAUUACUAAUAUUGCUCCUGAUUAUGUAAAAUUUUCUCAAGUUACUACAGUAACCAGGCCGUCCUCUUACGUGAUAUCAUCAAAGGACGUCAAACAAAGCUAUGACUUUACUGAUACAUGGCAAGAUUGUGCAACAUACUGUUCACAGAGUUAUGAUUUCAUCUGUAAUAGUUUUGAUUUCUGCAAAGAACCAUUCAUGUCCGGUUGUAAGCUUUAUGCAGACAGACGCUCAGACAUACAAACAUAUUUGAAGACUCGUACAUCACCUUGUUUCAACUAUACAGUAUACCAGAGAACAGUAAAUGGCAUAUCAAACCAGGAAACUGCUGUUGCUGAUGCAUAUGGAUAUUUACAAGAUGCCAUCAAUCAGAAAAGCGUGCAUCUACAGACAUAUGGACAAUUGGGGUUUAUUACAGACUAUUACGGCGUUUCAACAAGUAUAGUUUCAGGAUUGCUUGAAUAUGACGAUAUGCCAUCAAUGAGUGGUCACUUUUCUUUCCGAGAGGAAGUAACCUUUCCAGGAUCCAAACAUGCAUAUGAAAGUGAUGUAUGGUAUGACACUAACUUCAAUCUUGUCCGAUAUGACAUUGUAAACACAGGGGCACCGUAUUACAGCAAUAACCCUUUGACACACAUCCAUGAUUAUAAUGCAGGUGUAGCUUAUGUAAUUGAUACAGGGAUGCAAAAUUGUACUAUCCAACCUAUAGCAAAGAAUUUCUUUGACAAAAAGAAUAAUGGAUCUUACCACAUACUCAAUCCACUGGAUGUCUUUCAUAUGAACAAGAAUUAUAAGUUUAUUGGGCAGAAAACUGUGCGUGGAAUGACUUGUAAUAUAUUUGAAGCAACUGUUAGUGAUUUUAAGUUAGAUUUGUCAGACCCACAACAGUUCGACAGUACAUUUCAAUAUUACUUCCUGAAAGAUGAUUGGUUUUCAAAUUCUGAUUCAGGAUCGGAACUGACUAGUGCUCAGCCAAUAAGACUGGAUAUUUUUUCUGUCACCAAAGGGUUAUACCUAACAUACAACUAUUUUGAUUGGAAUGACAAUGAUCCUGAUCUGAACAACUUCAAUGUUGUACCAUGUUAUACUGGCGAUCAGCAAAAACAUGUUGUCAUCAUUUUUUCAGGACAAUAUUAUCCAUAUCUUGUCUCCAACAGUAAAAUGUUCAAGUUAAAGGUUCUCAAUCAGUUAGGACAGAUGACCAAUGCAUCACUCAUCCGCUUCCAGCAACUUGAGAUUGAUUUCGGUCUCACUCGUGUUUAUGUGAUAAUGACAGUAGUAGAUGCAGCUCAACAAUUUGACGGAGUUCCUUAUCGCCAAGAACCCGACAUAGAUACCAUUAUGGAGACAAUCAAUGAUAACGUUUACGGAGGAUUAUUGAAAAUAACAGUUCCACAGAAUGACGGAUCAAUAUAUGUGUUUAAUGCUACAGCAAUCGAUGACAAUAUAUUAAGAAACGAUGGAAAACCGUUGUCAAGCAAAACAUUAAGUCACUUCAAGGCAAUGAAAAAUAAAUCCCAGAAAGGUUUGACUGGGUUUCUUACUGGAAUAUCAGUAGAUGAUUGUGCGGAUGCCUGUUUAACUGAAUUAGAUUUUGAUUGCUACUCAUUUGUGUACUGUUAUAAAGCGGGUGUUUGUUUGUUGGCUAGCACAUAUGCACAAAACAGGACAGAUUUAAUAUAUGAUAGACCCACGUGUGAUCUAUACUAUAGGUCUUAUAUAGACAAAUUCACCGCCAUACCCGGACAGACAUCUGCUAUAUCCUCUACACAAACAACAAUAACAGCUACAGCAGAGGCCUGUGCUCAGAAAUGCAUUUUCUCAUCAAGCUGUAAAUCAUUUAUUUACUGUCUGGUUUCUCAGUCUUGUUCUUUACUGCAGUCACAUCACCUUGAUAUUCCAAAGAAUGGCAGCAAUAUUGACUCAAUGUGCUCAUUUUAUAGUCGAAGCUAUGUAAAUGACUUUAAGCGUAAAGCUAGGUCAACGGUUAAAAUUACUCCACAAAUGCUCAACAUAGAAGCAGUUUCUGUUGACCAGUGUGCUCAACUAUGUAUCCAGACUGAGUCAUUUACUUGUAACUCAUUUUCCUUCUGUGGCAAUGAUACAACAUGUAGAUUAACCCCUGCUCAUCCUGUCUCAGGACUGAGAGUCAUAGCAACAGAUUAUUGUGAUUUAUAUACAAGAACUUAUUACUCAAACACUCCUGCUAAACAAAAGCAGUCACCGCAACCGUCAAGCAACAAAGGAGUUUCCUCAGGUGCUGCUGCUGGAAUAGGAUUAGGAUUAUUAUUGGUAGGCGUGAUACUUGGUGGAGGACUUAUUAUAAUCUUGUCAAAGAAAAGAAAGUUACCUCCAAUGGAAAUUUUUAAUAUGAACUAUACAGAAUCUAAAGAUGAUAUACAAUGAUGCAGACUGCAUAAAAAUUGUACUCAACUUCGUUUGUCAAAAUAUUGGAACAAUUAUCUGUUCAAUAAUUUGACAAAUAUUUUUGUCAAAUUUUCACAUAUUGUAUAUCCCGAUAACCAUGUUUCAUGUCACAAACUUUAUUUACUGAAAUAUCAUCGUAUAGACAUAAAUUGUAUGUAUUAUUUUGUUUGAAAUCAUUAUAAUCACACUCAUAUGGA